CUGAAACAGAUUCUCUUGACUUAUUAUUUUGCUAGAUGCUCUUUGACACUCUAUCCUUCUUUUAUAUUUCUUUGGUUUUUGUGAUUUUUAUUUGAAGUAAGUAUAACAUACUUCAUUUGAUUUCUUUCAAUUAAUUUUUCUAUACAUGCAAUAAACUGCAGCUCUUGAAGAGUGAUUGAAUGAAUUAUGUCUUCCUUUAAUCUUUUGUUGCUUCCAAGUUUCCACGCCUGCCCAUGACAACGUUUCAUGUGGAGAAUCAGACGACGAAGCUUGUGUCUGCGAUAUUUAGAGUUUCCGGAGGCGGCGAUACAUGAGGUCGUUACACAGCUCCAAGGUUGGUAGCGACCUUUCCUAUUCCGGAAAGAACAGACCAGGCCUGAACUUGGCCGGCUUAACUGUUGCCCUUCUUCUUCCAACUUACCCUCCCGCAUAUACCUCCCUCAUUUCCCAACAUCACAUCACAUCACAUCGCAUCGCAUCGCAUGCUAGGAUUUUAGUUAGGAGUUCUUAUCGGCGAAGGAAAAGGAGCUGCGGGAGGAGAAUGUGAUGUGGCCCGCAAACUAGCUAACUGAACUUAGCUAUUUAUUACGUUACUACGUAAGUCUGGUCUUGUCUGGCGGAUUCAACAACAAGGACGAGGGAAAACGACGGGUUGAUGUGAGCUGGGGAGGGAAUAACAUUAACAUAUAUAUAUUUAUUUUACCCGACGUUUAUUGUACUUUACGCUUUGUUUGCUUUCUUUUUCUUUUUACCCUCUUGGACACGAGCCGUUUAUUGCCCGUUUUUUCCGACUGCUGAUAGAGAUAAAUACGGUACUGUGCCCGGCAAAGAUCACCAAACGCACUUCUUAACUUACCACCCACCCCCUGUUCUCUGAGAAACGCACGGAGAGGGCGAAGGGGUGCAAAAUCAAACUCCCCGCGGAAAGAAAGAAAGGAGAGACGAUAGUUUUGUGCACGUUCGACUGUGUUGGGGAGGUAGAUACAUACAUCCAUAUCAUACCACGGCCCGCUAGGGGAACGGCCCGGCUUUUUUGCUGCGGAAACGAAAGGAAGGAGAGAGAGAGAGAGGAAGGGAGAUGUACUGUACAUGAUACCCGACAAGCGUCAUCCACGGAAAAGCAGAUAUAGAAAGGAAGAAGCAGAAAAAGAAUACACCCUCGCGCAGCGUCUUUUCUCCCCUUUAUAUACAUACCUCCUCUUAUGAGCUCGUCAUUGCCGGAUAGAGAGUCGGAUCGGUCUCCACUCCUUGGUGCGGGUGAGCAGGCGUCGUCGGGACACAAUGCCAUUGCCGAUGAUUCCGGAGGGUUGUUCGGUGGUGGUGAUGCGGCGGCAGCAGCAGCAGCAGCAGAUGAUGAUGAUGAUUUCGCGAAGGAAGUUUGCAAGGAUGCUGUGUCGAAGAGUAGCUUGUAUCUCUUUUUGCUUACGUUGAGUAUUGGGGGUUUACAAAUUGUUUGGUCUGUGGAGUUGUCUAGUGGAUCUCCCUACUUACUCUCACUUGGGAUGGAUAAGUCCCUCCUGGCAUUCGUGUGGAUAGCAGGCCCCUUAACAGGAACCCUUGUCCAACCAUACGUCGGCAUCCGCAGCGAUAACUGCAGAAUAUCAUGGGGGAAACGAAAGCCGUUUAUGAUCGGGGGCGGGAUUGCGACGAUCAUAUCCCUACUCGCGCUUGCGUGGACUCGUGAGAUCGUGGGCGGCGUCUUGGGCAUAUUUGGAGUUCCCUUCCGCUCCACGGGGGUCAAAGUAACCUCAAUAGUCGUGGCGACGAUUUUGAUGUAUUGUCUUGAUUUUGCUAUUAAUACGGUGCAAGCGGCUAUCCGAGCUUUCAUAGUCGACAAUGCACCGGCGCAUCAGCAGGAAUCCGCAAAUGCAUGGGCAAGUCGGCUCACUGGCAUUGGCAAUAUCCUGGGAUAUAUCUCUGGCUACCUCGACCUGCCUAAAAUACUCCCGUUUUUUGGAAAGACGCAAUUCCAAGUCCUCUGUGUGAUUGCAUCGCUGUCGCUGGGCAUCACGCUUUUGAUUAGCUGCCUCUACAUCACGGAACGUGAUCCGCGCCUGGAAGGGCCACCAUCGUCAGAUAACCCUGGCGUCGUCGCGUUCUUCAAGCAGGUUUUCCAAUCCAUUCGCAACCUGCCGCCGCAGAUCCGCAAGGUCUGCGAGAUCCAGCUCUUCGCGUGGAUCGGCUGGUUCCCGUUUCUGUUUUAUAUCACCACGUAUAUUGGCCAGUUGUAUGUCAAUCCUAUAUUUGAGGAACACCCCCACUUGUCGCCUGAGGAUAUCGACGAGGCCUGGGUGACGGCUACGCGGGUGGGUACCUUUGCACUACUGGUCUACGCGAUCAUAUCGUUCGCGGCGAGCAUUAUACUGCCGCUCCUUGUCGUACCGACCUAUCGACCAAGUUUGCCAUCGCGGAAAACUGCUGUGGCCCCAGCCGCCCGGCCGCACCCGUAUCGUACGCGCAGAGAAUCUACGUCAACUAUGUCCAUCACCGCCUCAUCCGUAGCGGCGAUUCCCCAACCACCACCACCUCCCCCUCCACAACUCAGCGAACCGCUCGAAGGAGGAACGGAUAGAGAAACUCCCUCCCUCCUCUCCCGCCUGCAGAUACCGGGCUUCACCCUCCGGCGUGCCUGGCUCAUGUCCCACAUCCUCUUCAGCCUGUGUAUGUUCAGCACGUUUUUCAUCAGCACGCCGCAGGCCGGGACGGUUGUCGUAUCUAUCGUUGGCAUUCCCUGGGCGCUGACGCUUUGGGCGCCGUUUGCGCUUAUAUCGGCUGAGGUGGCGAGGAGUGAUGCGAAGAAACGGAGGCGGAAGUAUCGGUUGCAUCGUGCGAGUCCUGGUAGUAGCGAAUAUCGGGGGUUUUUAGCGGAGCCCAGGGAACAUCGGGCGGCUGGAGGUUCCAGUGGGGAAAAUAGUAGAGAGGGCAUGGAGGAGGUGGACAGCGGGGUUGGUGGAGCCUCCAGUCUGGCCCGUCAGCCCACUGCAUCAACGUCCACGCCGGGUCCCGUUAACACCACGGACAAUAGCAACGACGACAAAGACGACGCCGGGAGCUCUGAUCGCGGCGUUGAGGAUGACGAGGACGCUAUCAUCGACGACGAGGACGACGAUGACGAAAACGACACAACCGACCAAGCGGGCGUGAUCCUCGGCAUCCACAACGUGGCCGUCUCCUGCCCGCAGAUCUUCUCGACGCUGGUGAGCAGUCUUAUCUUCAGCGCGCUGCAGAAGCCGCGCGGGGAGCCGGCGGAUGAUUCUGUGGGCUGGGUGUUGAGGUUUGGGGGGCUAGCGACGAUUGGGGCGGCGGUUGUUACGAAGCGGUUGGCGGAGGGGAGGGGGGGUAGGGGAGGUAGGAGUGGUGGUGGUGGGGCCUGUGUGAGUGAGGGGGUGGUGUGAGUGGUACUUUUCCCUCCUAUGUAUGUUGUAUGGAUUUGUAUACAUUAUAUAGUGCAGAGUGGUUAUCAUUUUUCUCAUUUUUUUUUUUUUUUUUGGGUCCUCUCUUGAUAUUCCUGGAUCGGUUGUAUAUCCACAUAAUUACCCCACAAAUACAUAAGUGGCUGUUGUUACUGGCUAAAUCAUAUCGCAAUCUUCAAUCUUCCUCCUCUUAAAAAUUUCCCCUCCCAGGCUGAUACUUCCCUUGCGGGGAUGAUCCCAACGGCAAAAGGCUCUCUUGCCGGGCAAUGAUGAUGGAAGUGGUACAGAACCAACCCCUAAACUCGCAUCGUGUUCAAUGAAGGUUAUGUAUGUAUGUAUGUAUGUAUGUAUGUAUGGUAUGUGGGAUUCGGGGACUAUGUUGGGAGGAGCGUAGUAGGUAUUUAAUAUAGUUGUAAACAGCUGACUGAACAUUCGCAAAAGCGCGGGAUCACAUCACUCUAUAUAAUAAUUAUCAAAAAGUGUGUAUUAUUAUGAAACAGC